AUGUCUCGCAUCCCCCGGAGCGGGGCAUCCCCAGAAACCGGGAAACCCUCCGAGCCGGGCAGCAGCAACCGGGUACCCAGCUGCUGGGACUCCCGGCGCCGAGAGCCCCAGCGCGGGCAUCACUCAGAACCGGGCACCCCGCUGGCCCAGCCACCCCUGUACUGGGACCCCCGUAACUGCGCACCCCAGUACCGGGUAACCCUGCACCGGAUAACCGGAUACCUCAGUAACCCUGCACGGGAUAAGCCCUGCACGCUGCACUUCCUGGAACUGAGCACCUCGGAAUCGAGCACCCCGCGUGCCCGGCGGAGCUGGCACGGUGGCUGCCUUCGCCCAGGUGUCACAGGGGCCGGCGGGUACCCUGGGGACCCCUCGUUGCUAGGACACGAUCGGUGUCGCAGGAGCCGCGUGGCUGCGUCCCCUGGAGGAGCCGCGCCUGGCACCGGGGCAGGCGGCAACACCUGGCAGAUGCUCAGGUGGGCAGGACCCCCGGCCACCGGGACGCACAGAAUCCCCGCUGAAAAGGAUCCUACUGGAACCCUCGGCUCCGUCCUGUCCUGCCGCUGGGCCGGGCUCCAGCCCGGCAGCACCUCUGGAGCCAUGGCCGCAGCCCGGGCUGGCACCGGCACCGGCACCGGACACGCCACGGGGCAGAGGGAUCCCAACUGGGGACAGAGCGACCCCCGGUCCCUCUGCGCCCCCGGCCACACUGCCACCCCCCGGAACGGGACCCUGGAUCCCAAACGAGGACAGAGCGACCCCCGGUCCCUCUGCGCCCCCGGCCACACUGCCACCCCCCGGAACGGGACCCUGGAUCCCAAACGAGGACAGAGUGACCCCUGGUCCCUCUGCGCCCCCGGCCACACUGCCACCCCCCGGAACGGGACCCUGGAUCCCAAAUGGGGACAGAGCGACCCCCGGUCCCUCUGCGCCCCCAGACGCACUGCCACCCCCCGGAACGGGACCCUAGAUCCCAAAUGGGGAUGGAGUGACCCCCGGUCCCUCUGUGCCCCCAGACGCACUGCCACCCCCUGGAGCUGGAGCCUGGACCCCGCUGGGGACUGGCACUACCGAUGGAUCAGCCUCAUGGUGCUGCCCAUCCUUUACAACUGGGUCGUCCUCAUCCUCAGGUGCUGCUUCCCCGAGGUGCAGGAGGCACACGCGGGGCUGUGGCAGGCCCUGGACGGGAUCAGCGAUGCACUGUACCUGCUGGACAUGGCCGUGCAUCUCCACACAGGUUUCCUGGAGGACGGGAUCCUGGUGCGGGACGCCAGGCGGACGCGGCGGCGCUAUCUGGCCUCCUGGACCUUCCCCUGGGACGUGGUGGCCGUGCUGCCCUCCGAGCUGCUCUGCCUGCUCCCGGGGGUCCCGAGGGUCCCAGGGGUGCCAGCGGCACGUGCCAACCGCUGCCUACGCGUGCCACGGCUCUUCGAGGCCUUCGACCGGUGCGAGACGCGCACGGGAUGGCCCAACGCCUUCCGCAUGGCCAAGCUGAUGCUGUACCUGCUGCUGGGCAUCCACUGGCACGCCUGCCUGUACUUCGCACUGUCGGCACGCCUGGGGCUGGGCACCGACCCCUGGGUCUGUCCCAGCUUCAGCCGGCUGCUGCGCCGCUACCUGCACAGCUUCUACAUCUCCACGCUGGUCCUGGCCAUGGUGGGCGACACGCCGGCACCGCGGCGCGAGGAGGAGCUCCUCUUCCUCACCGCCGGCUUCCUCCUGGCCGUGCUGGGUUUCGCCACCAUCACCGGCAGCAUCAGCACCGUCAUCGUCAACCUCAGCUCCGCCGCCAGCGCCUUCUACCCCGAGGCGGGGCCGGUGCGGCGGUACCUGCGGGCGCGGGGCGCGGGCGAGCGGCUGGCGGGGCGCGUGGUGCGCUGGCACCAGCACCUGCGGGCGCAGCGCAAGCUGCCGGCCGAGUGGCGGGUGCUGCAGCACCUGCCGCGGGGGCUGCGCGCCGAGGUGGCGGCCAGCGUGCACCUGGCGGCCCUGCGGCGCGUGGGGCUGUUCCGCAGCUGGGAGCACGGCGUGCUGCGGCAGCUGGUGCUGCGCCUGCGGCCGCAGGUCUUCGGGCCCGGCGAGUUCGUGUGCCGGCGCGGGGACGUGGGCCGCGAGAUGUACUUCAUCCGCGAGGGCCGCCUGGCCGUGGUGGCCGAGGACGGCGUCACGCGGCUGGCCGUGCUGGGCGAGGGGCUCUACUUCGGGGAGAUCAGCCUCAUCAACAUCAAGGGCAACAUGGCAGGGAACCGGCGCACGGCCAACAUCCUGAGCAUCGGCUACUCGGACCUGUUCUGCCUGGGCAAGGAGGACCUGGCGGAGGUGCUGGCCGAGUUCCCCAGUGCCCGCGCUGCCAUGGAGGCCAAGGGCCGGGAGCUGCUGCUGCGCAUGGGCCAGCUGGACACCGGAGCCGAGGCGGCGGCGCUGGCGGCCGAGGCCGAGGCGGAGCGGCGGCUGCGGGGGCUGGAGGCGGCCCUGGAGGGGCUCCAGACGCGGGCAGCCCGGCUGCUGGCACAGCUGGAGGCCAGUGCCCUGCGCAUGGCCCUGCGCGUCCGGCGCCUCGAGGGACGGCUGCAGCUCCGGGACAGAGCGGUGCGGGACAGAGCCGCGCGGGACGGAGCCGUGCGGGCAGAUGGGGCAGUGCGGGACAGAGCGAGAUCCAGAGGGGCACAUGAUGCCCCCGGGGCUCAGGGGGUCCCACGAGGGGUGGGGGUGCCGCGGGACUAG